CGGCGCCUGAGUUGUUUCCCGGAGGCCCGGCCGCGAGACGCUCCGAGGGAGCCCAGCGGGCUAGGGCUGGGCUGGGCUGAGCUGGGCUGGGCUGGGCUGGGCUGGGCGGGGCGGCCCGGAGGGAGCACGCCCCCGGGUGACGCCGGCGCCCGCGAGCAGAGCGCGGCGGGGAGCGCGCCAUGGACCCCAAAACGGGCGGUGCCGAGGAGGAUGACUGCGUGGACUCGGGCGCCGAGACCGGAGGGUCUGACUACAGCCACAUGUCCUCCACCAGCAGUGAGCUCUCGGUGGAGGAGGCGCAGGACCCUUUCCUGGUUAGCAUCCACAUCAUUGCAGACCCGGGGGAAUCCCAACCCCUGCAGGAGGCCAUCGACAAGGUCUUGGCUUGGAUCCACCCAGACCUGCAGCUGUUCCGGGUCUCAGAAAGGCGGGCGUCCCGGCGGCGGCGGAAGCCCUGGAAGGUGGCGCAGCCGGCGCUGGCCGUGGUUCUCUUCCUUCAGGAGGAGUAUGGCGAGGAGCAGAUCCUGCAGCUGCACCGCACGCUGCAGCGGCCGCCCUGGCGCCACCACCACACGGAGCGCGUGCCCGGCAGGUUCCUGCCCUACCUGCCCUGCAGCCAGGACUUCUUCACGCUGGCCCCCGGGACCGCGCUGUGGGCCAUUCGGCCCGUGCACUACGGCAAGGAAAUCGUGCGCUUCACUAUCUACUGUCGCCAUGACAACUACGCCGACAUCCUCAAGUUCUACGAGCUGAUCCUCCGGCGCAGCCCCAGCCAGAGGAAGACGGACUUCUGCAUCUUCCCCAUUUUCUCCAAUCUGGAUGUGGACAUCCAGUUCUCCCUGAAAAGGCUACCCUGUGACCAGACCCCCGUCCCUACCGACUCCUCGGUGCUGGAGUUCCGGGUCAAGGACAUCGGUGAGCUCGUGCCUCUCUUGCCCAACCCCUGCAGCCCCAUCAGUGAGGGCCGCUGGCAGACAGAGGACCUCGACGGGAACAAGAUCCUCCUGCAGGCGCAAAGAGUGCACAAGAGGUUCCCGAAGGCCGGCAGAAGCCACCACUCGUCAGAGCAGAAACCUCCUCCCAUGCCUUCCCCGAGCACCACCGCACCAAGCUGGAUGCUUGGCAGCAGCCAGCAGCCCCUACUGGACAGCUCACAUCUGGGGCCCGGCCAGACAGGCCGGCCAACUGGGCACCAGCAGGAAUCUGCCAGACGAGCCAGCAGCCCUCCCAGCUUCCCCUGGUCCUUCCAGAGAAGCAAGUCCUUGUUUUGUUUGCCCACAGGAGACCCCUCCCCGGGAUCCUCAGCUCUACCACAGUGGUUUUCAAGCACAGAUGCCCCAGGGCACAGGGCAUCGGAGGGGAGGCACAGCCACCUCCUCUCCAUCGAUGACUUGGAGGGGGCCCAGGAGACCGACGUGGACACGGGCCUCCGGCUCUCCUCCUCGGACCUCUCUGUGGUCUCUGCCUAUUCGGCACCCAGCAGGUUCUGCAGCACUGUGGAGACAACCCUCCCCCCUGAAAGAUGUAGCAGCCACUGGUCAAAGCCCAAGGGUUUCAGAGAAGGACUGCUGCCCACUGGGAGUGGGGUGACCACAGAGACCGCCUGGGCUUCCCUCCCUUUCUUCACCAAAGGGCCUUCCAGCUCCUCAGCCACAGCUGCUGCUGCUCCCCCCACUCCUGGCACCUCCUCACUCACAGAGUCUUCCCCAGAGCCUCCCUGGGAUGCUCCCAGCGCUAAGCAGACCGCGGGGAGAGACGCCCCGCCACCCCCAGUGCUGGCCAGACCUGUGGACAAUGACACAGAGGAAUUCUACAUCUGAAUACCCUCUACUCUGGCAUUCCAGAUACAUAGGCUCAGGUCCUACUGCCCCUCUGGGGUCUGAACACCACCUGUGCGUGCUCUCAGCCCGCUCCCCCAGGUCUGUCGAGAAUCUGUCUCAUGGGUUCGUUAGCACAUUUGCCACACCACCCAUUCUUACCUGAGAGGUGGCAUAUUUUAGAGACUUGCUGGAAAAAUACUCGCAUUUUUAUGCAAAUAAAUUCUUGAGCUUAAAUUGUAAAAUUUUUUUUGAAUACCCAAUUCCUUUUGAGAUAUGGUUUAGUGCACUUAAUACGAUUUAAAUGCCUCAUAUAAUUAUUUGAAAUGAAAAGAAAACCUAGUCAGCCGGAGCUGAUUUGGCAAUUUUUCAUGCUGUGAAGGAAAAACAAAGCCAAAAUGUUGAAUGUGGGAAAGAUACUAAGUGACCUGUAUGAGAGAUUAGUGCACAAUAACGUGAUGUACACAGCUUACUGGAUUCUGCAUACAUAUUUGCAUUACCAGGCAACAGUGGCCCUAAGAAUUUCCAGGUAGUGCUUAUAAUGAAAAAAGUCCACUUGAUAAAACAGUAAACAUGUAUCAGACUAUAGUAAUGCCUCUCUGUGAUGCCGUGCACAUCUGAAAAUCUGGAUUUAUGCAAAGGUAGCUAAUAUACUUUAUAAGGAUUUAUCCUGAGUAACAGACUCUUGGGUGGAAUCAAAAUAUGAUUUGAGUUCCAAAAACCAGAUUUGCAUCCACUUUUCAACAACACCUCACUGUAACAAGUGGAGUCUACAGAAGACCACUCCACUCCCGGGAUUUAUUUGGAUCACUGAAGAACCGCUCAUUGGAGUUACAGAAUAAUAGGAUAUUGGUCAUAGGGGUAGCUAGUCUUAAGAUUCUUCCAUUUUAUAAAAACCACCGUCUUAAGGGCUAUGUAUAUAUGUAUCGAUAUAAAUGACAAGAGCCACACUUUAUACUACUUUCUCCAGUAAACAUGCAUUGUCACACAACCUGAUAUUCCCGUUUUUAAAUAAUUUGUAAGCUUUGUAAGUGGCACUUCGAUGGCACAGAGUAAUAAAUGCCCCCAUCUUCUCCAAAUGGGAAGCUUUAUAUGAAAUGUUGUCCUGAACAAACACUGUUUCAUUGCCAGGCUUCCACGAGUGCCUAGAAGCCUUAAUUAAAGCUGGAGCUCUAGCCCAAACUUAACCUUUUCUGCCUGGUGUCUGCUUCUUCGGAAGCAUGAAUGAGAUUUAAAUAGCACCUCUCUCCCACUCAGUAGGGGUAUGUUUACAAUUCCAACCUCAGCAGUGCCAAGCGCCGGCUCGGGGGGCAAUGCAGAGCCGUGCCUGGCUACCCACCUACCUUUGGGAAAGAGGAGCAUGGACUUACUGGCCUCGCCUUCCUGGUCUGGUGCUCCUUGCCUCCAGGACUCCGGGCCAGCUUUCCCGUCUCUGAAAGCGCCCACACCAGUCUGGACACAGCCUCAGGGUCCUUCCCCAAGCAGCCAUGGAGCACUUGCCGUCCCUGUAAUGAGAACCUCAGAUCCUGUCCCAAACAGCCAAAUGAUAAUAUUCUCCGUGUUGAUAAAGACAUGGUCUCUUAUAGUUCUAGGCCAGAAGGGAGAAAACGUUUUCUAGAAAAGCCUAGAUAAUAAAUACAGUAGGUUUUGCCAGCCAUCUGGUUUCCACUGGGGCUACUCCACUCUCAUCAGAGCGUGGAAACAGCCAAGGAAGAUGUGUACGUGAACGGGAGUGGCCGAGUUCCAAUAAAACUUUAUUUACAAGAAUAGGCCUAACCCUUGUGCUAGACGGAGAUGGAUUUAAACCCUCGGGCACAGUCAGCAAUAAAGAAUCAAAGUCUGCAGCCCUCUGAGGGACCUCUUUCUGCAGAGAUAGUUCCUAGAAAGCCACUAGCCAUCCACCUCCUGUCCAGAAACGUGACUCAUGGCUGCGGAGGAUGAAAAACAACAGGUCAAUGUUAGGAAGGAGAAAAAUAACUCAGAGGUGUUGACGCAAGCUUGUGAGUAGCAAAGGUCAGGGAGGCAUAAACAAGUGGACCACCUGUCAGGUGAUGGCUCCUCCUGGCUUCACCCCAUCCAUGCCCUUAGUUUAGUUUAAUAUACUUGCAUGCACCCCUAGGAUUGCUUUGGAGCCCAACCCUGAUGCUCUCCGGUCCCACCCCUUCUUAGUAAUCCCCCCCAGCACAGUCCAGUCUACCAAACUAAGGGACCCCAUAGGAUGUCAGUGACACCAUUCAAAAGCAGGAAAUGCAAGAUGCCCCCAUAACACGAGGGGAGAAUGGAGGGAAACCCACCACAGACCACAUUCAGGCACCCCCCUCCCGCCACUUCCCUCCCAGGCUGUGGUUGGCCGUGGCCGUGCCCUCUGUGCAGAAGAAUGCCACAGACACAUACUGACAAAAGCCUAGCUCCCACUUCUGGCCACGCGCUAGCAUUUUCCUCAUCCAGGAAGGCUCCUGACACCCCCUGGGGGGAGCCUGACUCUUGGAUUACUGCUGUUAUAAUAGAGGCUGGCAUACUGUAAAUGCUCAAU